AAAAUGAAUGACACGGACAUGGAAGUAUUUGGGGUGGCCGCCCCAUACCUCCGUAAAUCCGAGCGGGAGAGAAUUGCAGCUCAGAAUGUGCCGUUUGAUGCCAAAAGUGCUGUUUUUGUGCCUCACCCGAAGCAGGAGUAUGUCAAAGGAAAAAUCAGAAGCCAGGAUGGCACUAAGGUCAAUGUGGAGAUUGAGGAUGGAAAGGUUGUCACAGUGCAUGUGGACGACAUUCGGCCAAUGAACCCACCCAAGUUUGACAAGAUAGAGGACAUGGCCCUGCUGACGCAUCUGCACGAACCCGCCGUGCUUUUUAACCUCAAGGAACGCUACGCUGCCUGGAUGAUUUAUACCUAUUCUGGGCUCUUCUGUGUGACUGUGAACCCUUACAAGUGGCUUCCGGUCUACAACCCAGAGGUGGUGGCCGGGUACAGAGGAAAGAAACGUCAGGAGGCCCCCCCACACAUCUUCUCCAUCUCUGACAAUGCUUACCAGUACAUGCUUACAGAUCGAGAGAAUCAGUCUAUCCUGAUCACUGGAGAAUCUGGUGCUGGGAAAACAGUCAACACAAAGCGAGUAAUCCAGUACUUUGCAACAAUCACAGCAAUGGGAGAGUCAAGCAAGAAGGAACAACUGGGCAGUAAAAUGCAGGGGACUCUGGAGGAUCAAAUCAUCCAGGCUAACCCUCUGCUGGAAGCUUUCGGAAACGCCAAGACUGUGAGGAAUGACAACUCGUCUCGAUUUGGAAAAUUCAUCCGCAUCCACUUCGGAACAAAGGGGAAGUUGGCAUCAGCUGAUAUUGAAACUUACCUUUUGGAAAAAUCCAGAGUGACUUUCCAGCUGCUUGCAGAGAGGAGCUAUCACAUCUUCUAUCAGAUCUUGUCAAACAAGAAGCCUGAUUUAAUCGAGAUGCUGCUGAUAACCAGCAAUCCUUAUGAUUACCCUUUUAUCAGCCAGGGGGAAAUCACUGUGCUGAGCAUCAACGAUGCAGAGGAGCUGAUGGCCACAGAUAGAGCCAUUGACAUCCUGGGCUUUAGCACUGAGGAAAAGGUCGGCAUCUACAAGCUGACGGGUGCCGUCAUGCACAACGGGAACAUGAAGUUCAAGCAGAAGCAGCGGGAGGAGCAGGCCGAGCCCGAUGGCACCGAGGUGGCAGACAAAGUUGCCUAUCUGAUGGGUCUGAACUCUGCUGAUUUGCUGAAAGCUCUGUGUUGCCCUCGAGUGAAGGUUGGGAAUGAAUAUGUCACCAAAGGCCAGACUCCACAGCAGGUGAACAAUGCUGUGGGCGCCUUAUCGAAGGCCGUGUACGAGAAGCUGUUCCUCUGGAUGGUCACGAGGAUCAACCAGCAGCUCGACACCAAGCUUCCCAGACAGCACUUCAUUGGCGUCCUGGAUAUCGCAGGGUUUGAAAUUUUUGAGAUAAACAGCCUGGAGCAGCUGUGCAUCAACUUUACCAACGAGAAGCUCCAACAGUUUUUCAACCACCACAUGUUCGUGUUGGAGCAGGAGGAAUACAAAAAGGAAGGGAUCGAGUGGGAGUUUAUUGACUUUGGCAUGGACUUGGCUGCGUGCAUUGAGCUCAUUGAGAAGCCGAUGGGCAUUUUCUCUAUUCUGGAAGAGGAGUGUAUGUUCCCGAAGGCCACAGACGGGUCUUUCAAAAACAAGCUGUACGACCAGCACUUGGGGAAGAACAGCAUCUUUCAGAAGCCCAAACCAUCCAAAGGAAAGACAGAGGCCCACUUCUCCCUCAUGCACUACGCCGGCACCGUCGACUACAACAUCAGUGGCUGGCUGGAAAAAAACAAGGACCCGCUGAACGACACCGUGGUGCAGCUUUACCAGAAAGCUUCCCUCAAACUGCUCUGCCAGCUCUUUGCCACAUAUGCAUCAGCUGACGCUGCUGCUGAUGGGAACAAGAAAAACUAUAAGAAAAAAGGGUCCUCCUUCCAGACAGUUUCUGCACUCUUUAGGGAGAAUCUGAACAAACUAAUGGCCAACCUCAGGUCAACACAUCCACACUUUGUCAGAUGCAUCAUCCCAAAUGAGACCAAGAUACCAGGAAUCAUGGAUCACCAUCUGGUCCUUCAUCAGCUGCGAUGUAACGGAGUGCUGGAAGGUAUCCGGAUCUGCAGGAAGGGUUUCCCCAGCAGGAUUCUGUAUGGAGAUUUCAGGCAAAGAUACAGGAUUCUGAAUGCCAGCGUGAUCCCCGAGGGGCAGUUUAUUGACAGCAAGAAAGCCUCCGAGAAGCUGCUGUCGUCCAUCGACGUGGACCACACCCAGUAUAGGUUCGGAUACACAAAGGUGUUUUUCAAAGCCGGCCUUUUGGGUCUUCUGGAGGAGAUGCGGGAUGAGCGUCUAGCUGUGCUGAUGACUCGAAUCCAGGCUGUAGCCAGGGGUUACGUCACGAGGCUGAGGUUAAAGGAGAUGAUGAAGAAAAGAGAGGCCGUUUACAUCAUCCAGUACAACAUUCGUUCAUUCAUGAAUGUGAAGAACUGGCCUUGGAUGAAGCUCUUCUUCAAGAUAAAGCCUCUGUUACGAAGUGCGGAGGCUGAGAAGGAGAUGCAGACUAUGAAGGAGGAGUUUGCUCGACUCAGAGAGGAGUUGGCAAAGUCGGAGGCCAGGAGGAAGGAGCUGGAGGAGAAGAUGGUCAUGCUCAUGCAGGAGAAGAAUGACCUUUACCUUCAAAUACAAGCAGAGAGGGAGAACCUGUGCGAUGCUGAGGAAAGGUGUGAAGGCUUGAUAAAGAGCAAGAUCCACCUGGAGGCCAAAGCCAAAGAGUUCUCCGAGAGGCUGGAGGAGGAGGAGGAGAUCAACGCUGAAAUCACCGCCAAGAAGAGGAAGCUGGAGGACGAAUGUUCUGAGCUCAAACGGGACAUAGACGACCUGGAACUUACCAUUGCCAAAGUGGAGAAGGAGAAAUAUGCCACCGAAAAUAAGGUUAAGAAUUUGAUCGAGGAGUUGACGACUCUUGAGGAAAACCUGUUGAAGUCCUCAAAGGAGAUGAAAGCUUUGCAGGAGGUGCACCAGCAGACUUUAGACGACCUCCAGGCAGAGGAGGACAGAGUCAAUUCUCUAAUAAAGACAAAGACUAAGUUGGAGCAACAAAUUGAUGAUCUGGAGGGGCUGGUGGAGCAGGAGAAGAAGUUGCGUGCCGACUUGGAGAGAUCCAGAAGGAAACUGGAGGGAGAUCUGAAGCUGAACCAGGAAACCAUCAUGGACCUGGAGAAUGAAAGGCAGCAGGCGGAGGAACAACUGAAAACGAAGGACUUUGAAAUCAGCAGCCUGCAGAGCAAAAUUGAUGAUGAACAAGCUCUUAGCACUCAGCUUCAAAAGAAGAUUAAAGAGCUUCAGGCUCGCACUGAAGAAUUGGAGGAGGAAAUCGAAGCUGAGCGUGCAGCUCGGGCCAAAGUGGAGAAGCAGAGGUCUGACCUGUCCAGAGAGCUGGAGGAGAUCACUGAGAGGCUGGAGGAGGCCGGAGGAGCCUCCGCCGCUCAGGCCGAGCUCAACAAGAAGCGCGAGGCCGAGAUUCAGAGGCUGCGCCACGAGCUGGAAGAGUCCACCCUGCAGCAUGAAUCCAUCGCCGUGGCUUUACGCAAGAAGCAGGCGGACAGCGUCGCAGAGCUCGGUGAUCAGAUAGAAAACCUUCAAAGGGUGAAGCAGAAACUGGAGAAAGAAAAGAGCGAGAUGAAGAUGGAAAUCGAUGACAUGGCAAGGAGUAUGGAGACUGUUCUGAAAAGCAAGGCUAACGUGGAGAAACAGUGCAGGAGCCUUGAAGAUCAAAUGAAUGAAUACAAGACCAAAGCAGAUGAAGCCCAGAGGUCUCUUAGUGAUUACACUACCCUGAGUGCUCGACUGCAGACAGAAAAUGGUGAACUUACCCGUCUGCUGGAAGAAAAAGAGUCCAUUCUGUCCCAGGUGAACAGAGGGAAGACUGCAGCCGGUCACAAAAUCGAAGAGAUGAAGAGACUUUUGGAUGAAGAAAUCAAGACAAAAAACGCCUUGGCUCACAGUUUGCAGUCAUCUCGUCACGACUGCGAGCUCUUAAGAGAGCAGUACGAGGAGGAGCAAGAGGCCAAAGCUGAGCUGCAGCGCUGCCUGUCCAAGGUGAACAGUGACGUGGCUCAGUGGAGAAAUAAAUACGAGACAGACGCCAUCCAGCGCACCGAGGAGCUCGAGGAGGCAAAGAAGAAGCUGGUCCAGCGGCUGCAGGAGUCCGAGGAGAUGACAGAGGCAGCAAAUGUCAAGUGUGCAUCGCUGGAGAAGACCAAGCAGAGGCUGCAGGCGGAGGUCGAGGAUCUCAUGGUUGAGCUAGAAAGGUCAAAUGCAGCAAAUGCCACCUUAGACAAGAAACAGAAGAAUUUCGACAAGGUUUUGGCUGAAUGGAAGCAGAAGUAUGAGGAGUGUCAAUCAGAUCUGGAAGUCUCCCAGAGAGAGUCCAGAGCGCUGAACACAGAACUCUUCAAGCUGAAAAAUUCAUACGAAGAAGUCCUGGAUCACCUUGAGAGCAUGAAAAGAGACAAUAAAAAUCUUCAACAGGAAAUCACAGAUAUCAACGAGCAAUUUGGAGAGUCCACAAAAAUGCUCCGCGAGCUGGAAAAAGCCACAAAGCACGCCGAACAAGAGAAGAGAGACACCCAGGCAGCUCUUGAGGAAGCUGAGUCUUCCUUGGAACAAGAGGAGGCCAAAAUCCUGCAACUUGAGCUGGAGCUGAAUCAGAUCAAGUCGGAGGUGGAGAGGAAGGUGGCAGAGAAAGACGAAGAAAUCGACCAGCUUAAAAGGAAUUACCAGAGAACAGUGGACUAUCUGCAGAGCACGCUGGAUGCAGAGACGCGCAGCAGGAACGACGCUGUCCGGAUGAAGAAAAAGAUGGAAGGGGAUCUAAACGAGAUGGAAAUCCAGCUGGGUCAUGCCAACCGGCAGGCAGCUGAGGCAACCAAACAACUGAGAAACCUGCAGACUCAGCUGAAGGACACCCAGGUCCAUCUGGAUGAAGCCCUCCAACGUCAGGAGGACCUAAAAGAGGAGCUAGCUAUCAUAGAACGCCGCAACAAUCUAAUGAUGGCGGAGAACGAGGAGCUGAGGGCGUCACUGGAGCAGUCUGACAGAAGUCGAAAGUUUGCUGAGCAGGAGCUGAUGGAAGUCAGCGAGCGUGUUCAGCUGCUGCACUCUCAGAACACCAGUCUCGUGAACUCUAAGAAGAAAAUGGAGGCUGAUUUGACUCAGCUGCAGUCAGAGAUGGAGGAGACCAUGCAGGAGGCGAGGAAUGCAGACGAGAAGGCCAAGAAAGCCAUCACGGAUGCUGCCAUGAUGGCUGAGGAGCUGAAGAAGGAGCAGGACACCAGCGCUCACUUGGAGAGGAUGAAAAAGAACCUGGAGGCCACGGUGAAAGACCUGCAGCAGCGUCUGGAUGAGGCCGAGCAGGUGGCGCUUAAAGGAGGAAAGAAGGAGAUUCAGAAGCUGGAAGCCAAAGUCCGUGAGCUGGAAAAUGAGUUGGAGGCAGAACAGAAACGCAGUGGAGAGGCCGUGAAAGGUGUGAGGAAAUAUGAAAGGAAGAUUAAAGAGCUCACUUAUCAGGGUGAGGAGGAGAAGAAGAACUCGGCGAGGCUGCAGGAUCUGGUCAACAAGCUGCAGCUCAAAGUGAAAGCAUAUAAGCGGCAGUUUGAGGAGGCGGAGGAACAAAGCAGCAUCCAUUUGGCCAAGUUUCGGAAAGUGCAACAUGAACUGGAGGAGGCAGAGGAGCGAGCUGAUGUGGCAGAGUCCCAGCUGAAUAAAUUAAGAGCGAGGAGUCGUGACGUUGCCGGUAAAGGGGAAUUGAAGUCUUAGGAAAUAGAAAUCAUCACAACUUCCAAAAAGUCCCUGAACAAAUGGUUGUUUUCAGCUUUGUGACAGUGCAUUGUUGCAUUUUUUUAUUACUUUGAAGUGUUUUUAAUGGGAUUAAGAAUCAACUUUUACAUUUAUCUGAACAAAAAAAAGAACAAAUUAGUUCUGCUAAAUCUUAUGAUACAAAUAAGCUGAAGUCAAAAAGUCAAUUUUCCACAGGAAGGUUUGUAGCUGAGUGAAGUGACCUGAAAGUAUGUGUGUGGGAGCAAUAAUAUGAGCUGGAACAGUUCUCCAGUGCUUUGACAGAGGAUACACUGGACCACUUAUUAUGAAAGGAAAGGUGGUAAAGCGUCCCAUCCCAUUAGACAUGCUUACAAAAUGUGUUUUCCAUUUCAUGCCAUAACCUGUUGAUGUGUUUUGAACCUUCGCUGACAGACUGAUAAACCCGCUGACGGUCAUGCUGCUGUGAUCAAAUCAGCUUCUUAUGAAGUUGUCUCGUGUUAUUUAAAAAUAAA